AUUUUACAAGAUAAAGGACAGUUGGUAAGAACAAGAAAUGUCCCAACGAUUGAAGCAGUGGCAAUGUUUUUGCACAUCCUUGCUCACAACCUAAAGUACAGAGUAGUGCACUUUACCUAUUAUAGAUCCAAAGAAACAAUAAGUAGGCAAUUCAACAAUGUCCUACGAGCUGUGAUGAAAGUGAGUGGGGAAUAUUUGAAGUUUCAAGACCAUAAUAAUCUAGAGGGCUCUGAGGCAUACAAAUGGAGAUGGUUUCAGAAUUCGAUUGGAGCACUUGAUGGGACACAUAUUCCAGUAACAGUGGCAGCAGAAGAUAAACCUAGAUACCGUAAUAGAAAGGGUGACAUCUCUACGAAUGUGUUAGGGGUUUGUGGUCCAGAUUUAAAGUUUAUUUACGUGUUACCUGGUUGGGAAGGCUCGGCAGGAGAUUCACGAGUAUUGCGAGAUGCUUUACGUCGUCAAAAUCACCUUCAAAUUCCGAAUGACUUGUGUGCUAAAGAUAGAGCAACAAGAAUUGGAGCGGAGACAUCCUUGGAUGCAGAUGACAUCAUGAGUAAAGAAGCAAAUGAGGAUGGAGCUUAUAUUGUGGAUAUUGAUGCUGAUGAACAAAGCUCUACAACAAGGAAAAGCAAACAACCAAUGGAAUUCAAAAAGGGAAAAAGUGGAGAAAAGAAUGGGAUAAUUACUUCAAUGAAUAAAGUGGCUGAGUCAUUGAGUGAAUUUGUGCAAGCAACUAGAAAAGGGGUGAAAAAUGUCCAAGAAGUGGUUCAUGAUGUGAUGGAUGAGCUAAAGAACAUUCCGGACCUUAAUGGCACUCAAUGGCUAAAAGCAGUGGAUUGA